UUUCAACGUCAAGCACAUCCUCGUUGCUAGAAUCGCUGCCUUUCUUCUCUUCUUCCUAUUGUUUGUGCCAUUCCUACGCCGUUUCGUCCUCAUCAGCAAAUUGCCGUCUGCCAAUAGAAUGCCGUUCACCGACAAAGUGGUUUUCUUCUCGUCUCGAAUAAUUUCUAAUUGUAAAACGUAACCCUUGAAAACGUCAUUAUUGCUCUAUUACCCGUGGCUGAAGUUGAUCGCACAAUAUCGUAUCGAUACUGUUCGAUUACGCUUUUGUUUCUUUCUAUUUGGCAGUAAAACGCACUAAAUCCAACGUUCACAUAAAAAUUCAUCGCUUUCGCUAUUAUGCAUUAACAAAAAAUAUAUGAAAUUCUCGGUGAACAAUCAAUUAAUCCUCCAACAAAUAUGGAUCCCUGCAAGUACCGCAAUUACAUGGACGAGAUGCUCGAAAUAAUUGACGAGAUCGGAUGCCGAAAACCCGAACCGGAAGUAUGCAACGUCAGAUGCCCGCCUCUAGGUUGUCCACGAGGACCUUGUCCAGGGAUGUGCUGUUAUCAGGAAGACUGCGAUCCUUGUUGCAUAUCAAAAAUGCCUUGCUGUCCACCACCUCCUCAACCCCCUGGUUGUCGAGCACCUCCGUUGUGCUGCUUAAAAGCCUACGCCAAGGCAGUCGGCUACCCUCCAGAAUCUCCUCUUUCUCCACCUUGUGCACGAAUAAGUCGUAAACUUUGCGUCGAAAUGCUCGAUAAAAUUUGUCGUCCUCCAUCAGUUUGCACCACCGUACCCUAUUGCCCAUCGCCUUGCUGCACAGUACCACCUUGCAACCCCUAUCCAUGCUGUUAA